UCUUAAUGCGAGGGAAAACCCCGAUUUUCUUGAGUAGAACUGAAGAACGAGAAGAAGAAGAAGCUUUUUUUUUAUUUAAUUAAUUUUGAUUUCUAGGUUGAUUCCUCUUAAAUUGUUUGCAUGGUUUCGGAUAUCAAAUCAUGUUCAAACAUUUCUUCAUCAUCCAGGGCAGCAAGCGAUGCUUUGAUUGUCUUCUCAUAGAUGCUUGGAUCUGUCAGAAAUUAUAGACAUCUUUGACGUUAUUAAGUAUUAGUCGUUGGUAAUUAAAUUGUUCAAAAUGCCUUCGACUGCGAAUGAACAAUUGACUGAAGUUGGGUGUGUUAGUGAACAUGAUACACCACCAGAUGACAGUAAAAAUCCAAUGAAUCCUGUGGAUGAGGAUGACGAAGAGGAUGAGGAAGAAGAUGUAGAUUUUAAUCCCUUUCUGAAAGGAACUCCUUCACCUGAAGCUUCUUCGAGCUUGAGCUCUGAAAUUGUUGGAGAUUCUGACCAUGCUGAGGAGGAAAUUGCAAUGCAAAGUAAAGUUUCUCCUAAAGGAGCAUGUGAAAAAACUGAGUGCAGAAAGGAUGUUCUGAAAAAAACGAAGAAGAGAAAAUUUGUUUUAAUCUCUCAAUCAGAAGCAGAAAGUGUUCGAGAAAAGGAGAAUGGCUCAACAAGCAGUGAGAUUGAGGUUAAUGAAGGCAUGGUAGGAGAUUUGGGUAAUACUACUAACACGUUGAAGCCCGUGAUGGAUUUAGAUGAUGAGGAUGCCAUCUGUAGGCGCACUAGGGCCAGAUAUUCACUUGCAAGCUUCACACUUGAUGAGCUUGAGGCAUUUCUUCAGGAAACAGAUGAUGAUGAAGACCUUCAAAAUGUUGACGAUGAAGAAGAGUAUCGGAAGUUCCUUGCUGCUGUGUUGAAGGGUGAAGAUGUUGAUGGCUUGUCAACUCAGGGGAAUGAAAAUGCUGAUGAUGAAGAUGAGGAUAAUGAUGCAGAUUUUGAGAUAGAACUUGAAGAGAUGCUUGAGAGUGACUAUGAUGAAGGCAUAACAGAGAAGACCCAAAAAGUGAGGGCUGGAAGACGGCCAGAGACUAGGCAGAAUAGACACCAAAAAGCCUCUGCACGAUAUAAAAAGAAGCUUCUAGAACAGACAAAGAGGCCAUUGCGUCCCCUCUUACCAAUCUUGCCUAAUGGACCGCCAAUCGUCCCUUUCCCUACUGUUAAUGGGAAAAUUUUGAUACCUCAGACUGCUUCAACUAGUGUAUCUUCCACAGCUGAAGAUACUAUAAUCAAUGGCUUCACUCCACAUCAGAUAGGCCAGUUGCAUUGUUUACUGCAUGAGCAUGUGCAACUUCUUAUUCAAGUAUUUUCACUUUGUAUUCUUGAUCCUUCUUGGCAGCAUAUUGCCUCCCAAGUUCAAGGAUUGGUUUUUGAGAUUCUUAACAAACGUGAUGAAGUAAUAGCAUACAGAAGUGAGCCAUAUCCUGAUAUUCACUUCCGUCCUCCUUACACUUGUUCAUCUGUGCCAGAUACAGUCCUCCAGUUUUGCCCAGAACAAAGCACCUUUGACUCAUCUUCUCAAACUUUAAAGGGCUAUUUUUGGGUGCCUUCAGUAAGUGGUCAAGUUCUAUCUGUUCUGGAUGUAGCUCCGCUUAAAUUAACUAGAAAGUAUAUGGAUGAAGUUUAUACUGCCGUCCAAGAGUACAGAAAACGUUGUGUGGAAUUUAGUUCUGAUAUUCACUUUGAAAAAGAGCCUUUAUUCCCUUUUCCUUUUACUUCAUUUGUCCAAGCUAAUGCUGAAGCUUCAAAAGAAAGAACUCUCUCUUCUGCUAAGACAACAUCUUCUCCCUGUGAAAAACCGCAACCACAGAAGAAGUCACUGGCAGCUGCACUUGUUGAAAGUACAAAAAAGCAAUCUGUUGCUUUAGUCCCUAAGGAUAUUUCCGAGUUAGCACAGAGAUUUUUCCCCCUUUUUAAUCCAUCCUUAUUUCCACACAAGCCACCUCCUAUGGCUGUUGCAAAUCGGGUGCUUUUUACUGAUGCAGAGGAUGAACUAUUGGCACUAGGGAUGAUGGAAUAUAAUUCAGACUGGAAGGCAAUUCAGCAACGCUUUCUUCCUUGCAAAACUAAACAUCAGAUUUUUGUCAGGCAGAAAAAUCGUUGCUCAUCUAAAGCACCAGAAAAUCCCAUUAAGGAUGUUCGAAGGCUUAAAACCUCUCCAUUGACUGCAAAAGAGAUAGAAUGUAUUCAUGAGGGACUGAAGGUUUUUAAACUUGAUUGGGUGUCUGUGUGGAAAUUUCUUGUCCCGCAUAGGGAUCCAGCCUUGUUACGCCGGCAAUGGCGUAUUGCUCUUGGAACUCAGAAGUGUUAUAAACAAGAUGCUGCUAAAAAGGAGAAAAGGCGGUUGUAUGAAUUAAAGAAAAAGCGCAGAACUGCUGAUUUGGCCAAUUGGCAUCUUGAUGAUAAAGAGGGCGAAAAUGCUGGUGGAGGUAAUAAUAGUGGAGACGAUUACAUAGAAUAUGGAGAUGAACGUUAUGUUCAUGAGGCAUUUUUGGCAGACUGGAGACCUGCUGGUCCCAAUAACAGGUCUUCUGAGGGUUCUUGUUUAAAUAUUAGAGAUAAACUUCUUCCUAAUGGGUCUGGGCAACAGCCAAACCAUUCACUGAUAACCUUAAAGUCUCAAGUCCGUUUGCCACCAUAUAGGGCUCGUAGACACAAGAAGGCACACUUGGUGAAAUUAGCGCCAGACUUGCCUCCUGUUAAUCUCCCACCAUCUGUUCGUAUAAUUUCACAGUCAGCUUUCAAAAGUGUCCAAUGUGGAUCAUCUGCUAGUGUUUCUGUCACUGGCAGUGGUGUCAGCUGUUCUGGACAAAAAAGUACAGCCCCUCUAGUAUCUCCUCUUGCAAGGUUGGGAUCUCCAAAUUUAAUAAAAACUGGAAGAGAUAAAAGUAAUUCACUGAAGGAUAAUGUCAGAAAUCUGCAACUAGAAGUAUCUCAUGUUGCUGAGGACGAAAGAGGUGCUGAAUCAGAUCUUCAGAUGCAUCCUUUAUUGUUCCAGGCCCCUGCAGAUGGACGUCUGCCAUAUUAUCCUCUUAACACUGGGACUGAUACAUCCAGUUCUUUUAGUUUCUUUUCAGCUAAUCAGCCUCAACUUAAUCUGAGUCUUUUUCACAAUCCUCGCCAAGUCAGUCAUGUUGGUUGCUUUAAUGAAUCUUUGAAGACCAAAGAGUCCUCCUAUACAGCGUCAUCUGCCAUUGAUUUUCACCCACUUUUGAAAAGAAAUGAGAAGGCAAAUGUUGAUUCAGUGACUGCACCCUCAACUGUAAGCAGAUCUAAUGAGAAAGCUAAUGAACUGGACUUGGAGAUCCAUCUAAGUUCAUCAUCCACAAAGAAGAGAGCUUUAGGAAACAAGGAUAUGACUGCACAGAAUAUUGUGCAGUCAGAGAAGAAUGCCAUAGAUUCUGGACAAAGCACCGAAACUCAACAUACUAACAGUAUACAUUACCAUUGUGGUGAAAAUUACAGCGGGGAUGUUUUAAGUGGUCAUUUGUCUGAUGUGCCAAGCACUAGAAACAUUGACGAUAUUGGUGAUUAUUCCAAUCCUGGGAUUGUGAUGGAACAGGAAGAAUUAAGUGACUCUGAUGAAGAAAUUGAAGAACAUGUCGAGUUUGAGUGUGAGGAGAUGACUGAUUCUGAAGGAGAUGAGGGUUCAGGCUAUGAACAAAUUCCUGAAAUGCAAGAUAAGGAAGUUCGAGAUAAUUUUGAAGAAAAUGCUAGAGAUGGAGAUGCUACUGAUCAGCGGCAUGAACCAAGGAGUCCUCUUGGUAAGGGCAAUGAUAUGGUUCCUGGAAACGGUUCUCCUCCUUUCUUAAAGCUGGGAUUGAUUACCAUGGAAAAGGAAACUACAAGCAGUUCAUGGCUAAGUUUAAAUUCAUGUGCAGCAGGCCAUCCUAUGCGCACAAAACAUAAGAAUGCAGAGGGAACAAUCAGUGAAAGCCCUGCUGCUAAAGAUACUUCUCAUGUCAACAGAUCCUUCAAGAAGACAACCCCCAACACUAAAAAGGUUUCAGAGCAGAAGGAUAGCACAGAUGUGGCACAACAACUCAGCCUGAGUCCGACAGGGAGGAAACCAAGGAAGCGUGGGCCAAACUAAUAAAAGUUUAAAAUAUUUCUAUGGUAAAACAUGAGUUUUGUUAAAGGAAGUGAUGUUUAGAUAUUGGCUACUGGUCUUUGUCGUCAUCUAUCCCAAUUAGCUAAGGAGUUGUUGGUGCCGAAGUUUAAGGACUUGAAGAGUUGGAGAUAUUUGAUCUCUCCCUUUCACUAACACUAGUUUGGAUUUACUUGAUUCAUACAGCUGCUAGUUAGUUUAUAAAGAAGGUCUUCUUCUUUUUGCCUAAUUGUGAAUAUGUUUUUUGAGUUUUAAGGGAUGAGUCAAAAGUAAAUGUGAGUGAACAUCAUGUACAGACUUAGAUUUUGCUUAGUAGUCCCACUAUUGGGGGCCAUAAAUGAUCCUCUGGAAAUAUUUCUUGCAA